GAGAGCAGCAGUAAAGAGAAAAUGUCACGAAUUCCGAGGUUCAUCCGUGGAAGAAAGAGCAACAUUAAUAUUAACGAUGAUCCAUUCUCCCACGAUGAUACAGUUUCUGCUUCCAUUGCUGAGUUAUCUCGAGAAUUUUCCGCAAUUGGGAGCACAGAUGUGGGGUGGAAGGAAACUCCAGAAGAGUAUGAGUUUAAGAUUGGCCUUCCAGGAUUGAAGAAAGAGGAAGUGAAAGUAGAGGUUGAAGAUGAUUGGAUUCUUCAUAUAAGAGGAGAGAGAAACAUUGAGAAAAAAGAUCGUGUGAAGCCAAACAUUGGAAAGUUUAUGACGAGAUUUAGAUUGCCUCAGGAUGCUCAAAUGGAUCAAAUGGAGACAAAUAUGGAGAAUGGUGUUCUUACUAUAACCAUUCCUAAAUAAUCUUUUAAAACUAUGCUGGGUGGAAUUGUCUAU